CGUCACAGCUACCUGUCUGUCGAGUCCAGCUGUCCUGAGUGAAAGUGAUUCAACUGACGGACGGACGAACAGCAGUGAGAGCAGCUUAAACACCCUUUAGUUUCAUCUAAUGGCAGCUGGCAGCUUCCGUUUCACAUCGGGCCUGUUUGGAUGGAGAAGGUUCUGAAAACGGCGCAAGUUGAGAAACGCGCACUUGGACAAAAAUUUAAUGUCUUGACGGAUCAUCUCUGGCACAGAGAGGAAGUCUUUCCAGUGACAAAUAUAUGGCACACUGACCUUUGGGAUAAGUUAUGGCCUUGAAUUACAGUGCAAGGAAUGCCUGCGACUACAGCCUCAAUGUCACCUUCUUCUACAACUUGGUGGAAAAGAAGAUCCGUACUGAGUGGACGCCCCGAGACUUUGCAGUGAUGGCACUGGGUUUGACGGUGUGUCUUAUUGUGGUCCUGGCAAACCUGAUGGUGAUGGUGGCCAUCUUCAUAAACCGCCGCUUCCACUUCCCCAUUUACUAUCUCAUAGGCAACAUGGCUGCAGCAGAUCUCUUCGCAGGUAUUGCUUACGCCAACCUGAUGUUGAACACGGGCCCCUGGACCAGUAUGCUCACAAAAGAGAAGUGGUACAUCCGUGGGGCUCUGAUCGACAUCAGCCUGACAGCUUCUGUGGCCAACCUGCUGGCUGUCGCCGUAGAGCGCCACCAGACCAUCAUCACCAUGCAGCUGCACAGCACUAUGUCUAAGCGGCGCGUGGUGCUGCUGAUAGUCUGCAUCUGGGCCGUGAGCAUCAUCAUGGGCCUGGUGCCGUCCACCUUUUGGAACUGCGAGUGUGAUCUGGAGGACUGCUCCACUGUCGCUCCUCUCUACAGCCGCCGCUUCCUCAUCUUCUGGGCGGUUCUCAACCUGCUUGUUUUCUUCAUCAUGGUGGCCAUGUACAUUCGCAUCUUCGUCUAUGUGAGAUACCAGAACCGGUACGCGUCGCAGCACACCUCAGGCAUGCAGCACAGCCAGACUGUUGUCAACCUGAUGAAAACUAUCUCCAUGGUCCUGGGGGCCUUCGUCAUCUGCUGGACGCCUGGCCUCAUGACUCUCUUACUGGACGGGCUGCUGGGUAAAGACAGCAAUGCCAACUCCUUUGAGAAGUACUGCUUGGUGAUAGCCGAGUGCAACUCUCUUGUCAAUCCUAUCAUCUAUUCCCUGCGAGAUGACGAGAUGCGGCAGACGUUCAAGCAGAUCCUGUGCUGCAUUUGUAAGAGAAGUGCCAGACAGCAGCGGGGGCCCCCGUCUGUCGAGAUCGACUCACGACUAACAGAGGAAACUCACAGUUGUAUCCAGAAGUCAGAAGAAAAGGCCACCUCUACGCUACGGGACACAAACAAUAAAGAAGACAGUUGGGCAGUGCCAGUUGUAUGAUGGCUGUUACCUGCAAUUAAAGAAAAAAAAAACUGACUUUUACUGACAGCUAAGCAGGAAAUGUUUAAUAUUUGUUGAGUCACUGUUUUCUCUGCUGAACAUCAACCGACUUCUGCCGAACUACCUCUUCUUCAUUUUUGCAUUUGUGAACUGAAUUUAAACCCAUAUAAAGAUGCCUUUGUUGAAAAACUGCAAAAA